AUGUCAACCUCCGCCUUCAAGUGCCACUAUAUCGAGCAUGUCGAAGACAUUGAAGACUACAAAAAUCACGGCUACCAUCCGAUUCACAUCGACGACCGUCUCCAAGACCGCUACCGCAUCGUUCACAAGCUUGGCCACGGCUCAUUCUCGACGGCUUGGCUGGCCCAUGACGAGCGGACUGCCAGCUAUGUCGCCGUCAAGGUCGGUACUGCUGAUGCUGAAACAAAAGAGCUGGACAUCUUGUCCCAAUUGACGCACGAGACCGCUCACGCGAAGACAAUGAUACCUGUCGUCCUGGAUCGGUUUGAGAUGAAUGGCCCGAAUGGCACUCAUCCAUGCCUUGUCACGGUGCCGGCGCGAUGUAGCCUGAGGGCUUCUAAGGAGGCUUCCAAGUUCAGGAUGUUCCAGCUCGAGGUUGCAAGAGCACUGGCGACGCAGCUUCUUCUCGCCAUCUCUUUCAUCCAUUCCCAAGGCUAUGCCCAUGGAGAUCUUCAUCUCGGGAACUUGCUCCUCCGAAUGGAUUCGUCUCUCGACAAACUGUCUGUGGAAGAGCUUUACGCCAAGUUGGGCGCCCCGGAGCGGGUAUCUGUUGAACGCGUCGAUGGCGCACCCACUUCAUCGGACCCAGGUGUUCCUGUGUACGCCGUCCCACCCGUAUGGCUCGGCAUCGCCAGUGACAAGCUUCCCCUGGGCGAAGCAAGACUCCUCUUGAGCGAUUUCGGCGUCGCGUUCCGCCCGGAAGACAAGGACCGCUUCGAGUCCUACACCCCCCUCAUCUACCGACCUCCCGAGGCUUUCUUCCAGCCGCCCAAGACGCCGCUGACCCUAGCAUCCGACAUAUGGAGUCUUGGUUGCGUUGUCUUCGAGCUCUUUGCGCACCGGUCACUCAUUGAUGGCAUAAUUACGCCACAAGACGAUAUCACGGUGCAGCAGGUCCACCUCCAAGGCCGUAUGCCUGAUGAGUGGUGGGAGAGCUGGGAAGAGCGCCCCAAGUAG